AUGAAUAUAUCUUCUACUCCACAACCUUUAAAGUUACCUAUUCCCAGACUUCCCACUUCAACUCAUCCUUAUAUUUCAGAUGCAACGCAACAAACUGAUGACAUAAAUAAAAGAAUUCAACAACCUACAAACAAACCAUCAAAUAAGCGUGGACGUAAACCGUUAUCUUCGAUGCCUACAACCAAAAAACAUAUUCAAAACUUAAUCAAUCAACGAGCUUUUCGUCAACGAAGGGAAUUUUAUAUUCGUAGUUUGGAAACUAGAGCUUCAGAAUAUGAAGAAUUAUUUAAAGAUGCACAAGAAGAAAUCGAAUCAUUGAAAGAAAAGGUUGCACUCUUGGAAAAACAAGUCGCUGACGAGGAAGGAAUUAAUUGUUGUAAUCAUUCCAUCGUUAAUAAUUCUGGUAAAAAGGAAAAACAAGUCGCUGACGAGGAAGGAAUAAAUUGUUGUAAUCAUUCCAUCGCUAAUAAUUCUGGUAAAAAUGACAAGAUAAACAAUGUUGCUAACAUUGGAUAUAACUCACCCACAAACUGUGAUGAUCAACAAUCUCAAAGCGGUGAAUGUUUUACGACAUUUACAACAAACUCAUCACCAAUAACUUCAUCCUUUUCGUUUAAUCGAUUAGACACUCAAACGUCACAAAUUUCGUGUGGCCUACCUUCAAUUGAUACAAUUGACAAUAUAAUUAGAGAUCCGAUAUUUUGUGAAACAAAAGAAGGUGACCUUUGCUAUUGUGAACCGGGUGAUGAUUUAGUGGAUGAAAUAAGGACAACAACGUCUACAACAACGAUAGAGAUGGAUAAAAGCUUAUCGGAUAAUAAACAUUCUACCGCAAAGAGAGUGUGGAUUUUACCAACAUCCGUAUCUCCAUUAUAUCCAAAUUUUGUGACAACAGAUGAUUAUUCCCCUGAUGGAGAAGAUACGUCAUCAACUCAGUGGUACCAAGAUUAUUUUUCACCCGAAGUUUCUUCCGCCGUAGUAUCCACUACAGCAAAUUCAUUUAACCAAUUUAAUCCUUUAAAUUUAAAAUGGAUUCUAGGCAAUGUACAAGAUGAUAAACUUAUAUGA